AUGCUGGGCUCUGGAUUUAAAGCUGAGCGUUUACGAGUCAAUUUGAGAUUAGUCAUAAACCGCCUUAAACUACUGGAGAAAAAAAAAACGGAACUGGCCCAGAAAGCAAGGAAAGAGAUUGCGGACUAUCUGGCUGCUGGGAAAGAUGAACGAGCUCGGAUCCGAGUGGAGCACAUUAUACGGGAAGACUACCUUGUGGAAGCCAUGGAGAUCCUGGAGUUGUAUUGUGACCUUCUGCUGGCCCGGUUUGGCCUCAUUCAGUCUAUGAAAGAGCUAGAUUCUGGUCUGGCUGAAUCUGUGUCUACCCUUAUCUGGGCUGCUCCUCGACUACAGUCCGAAGUGGCUGAGUUGAAAAUAGUUGCUGAUCAACUGUGUGCCAAGUAUAGCAAGGAAUAUGGCAAGUUAUGUAGGACCAACCAGAUUGGAACUGUGAAUGACAGGCUAAUGCACAAACUGAGUGUGGAAGCGCCGCCCAAAAUCCUGGUGGAGCGAUACCUGAUUGAAAUCGCCAAGAACUACAAUGUGCCCUAUGAGCCUGACUCUGUGGUCAUGGCAGAAGCGCCCCCUGGAGUAGAGACAGAUCUUAUUGAUGUUGGAUUCACAGAUGAUGUGAAGAAAGGGGGCCCUGGAAGAGGAGGCGGUGGGGGCGGGUUCACAGCCCCCGUUGGUGGACCUGAUGGAACAGUGCCCAUGCCCCUGCCUAUGCCCAUGCCAUCUCCGAGUACUCCUUUCUCAUACCCACUUCCAAAGGGACCAUCGGAUUUCAAUGGAUUGCCAAUGGGGGCUUUUCAGGCCUUUCCCAAUGUUCAUCCACCUCAGAUACCAGUUCCCCCGUCAUAUGAAUCUGCCGAUGAUAGUAAUGCUGAUAAGAAUGUCUCUUCUGCACAGAUUGUUGGUCCGGGACCCAAGCCAGAAGCCUCUGCAAAGCCCCCUUCAAAAGCCGUGGACACCUAUGACAACUUUGUCCUUCCAGAGUUGCCGUCCGUGCCAGAUACACUACCAACUGCAUCUGCUGGUGCCAACACCUCGGCAUCUGAGGACAUUGACUUUGAUGAUCUUUCCCGGAGAUUUGAAGAGUUGAAAAAGAAAACAUAG